CAGCUCACACGCUUGUUUGGUUUCUCUCUCUACUAAUAAUAUUUACGUCUGUUUACAUUCAUUAAAAGUAAACUGAUUGCAAUUAGCUAAAUUGUAAAUUUAAUUACAGCAGUGUUAAUUGAUUCAAUCCACUUGAUUGUCACGCAAUGGGUAUUCUUGGACUAGCGAAACUCAUUGGAGACAUUGCUCCUCAAGCCAUCAAAGAGAAUGAGUUCAAGAAUUACUUUGGGAGAAAAGUUGCGGUGGACGCCUCCAUGAGCUUGUAUCAGUUUUUGAUUGCCGUUCGUCAGGAGGGGGCCCAGCUGACGUCCGCAGAUGGGGAAACUACGUCCCACCUCAUGGGAUUCUUUUACAGGACGAUUCGUAUGGUGGAGAAUGGAAUCAAACCCGUCUACGUUUUCGAUGGGAAACCUCCACAAAUGAAAUCAGGAGAGUUGGAAAAACGGACGGAAAGAAGAAAUGAGGCUCAAAAGGCCCUGGACAUUGCUGUCGAAGCUGGGAAUGUUGAAGAGAUCGAUAAGCAAUCGAGAAGAUUGGUCAAAGUUUCAAAAACUCACGUGGAAGAAGCUCAGAAACUUUUGAAAUUGAUGGGAAUUCCGUUUGUCACUGCCCCUUGUGAAGCCGAAGCCCAGUGUGCCGCAUUACAAAAAUCGGGAAAGGUUUAUGCUGUUGCCACUGAAGAUAUGGAUGCAUUGACAUUUGGAACCAAGGUUCUCCUGCGUCACUUGACAUUUAGCGAAGCUAGGAAAAUGCCAAUUAAAGAAUUUUAUUUGGAAAAAGUGCUUGAAGCUUUGGAAUUUACGAUGGAUGAGUUCAUCGACAUGUGUAUCCUGCUGGGAUGUGAUUAUUGCGACUCUAUCAAAGGUAUUGGUCCCAAGAGAGCAUUGGAUCUGAUUCGUCAACAUCGAAGCAUCGAAACUAUUGUGGAGAAAAUUGACAGCAAAAAGUAUGGAGUACCUGAAAACUGGCCGUUUAAAGAGGCUCGACGAUUAUUUAAGGAACCUGAAAUCACUGAAUCCGAUCAAGUCGAACUCAAUUGGACUGGGCCAGACGAAGAAGGAUUGGUAAAAUUCCUCGUCGAAGAAAAAGGUUUUGCUGAAGAUCGAAUUCGAAAUGGAUCCAAAAAGCUGCAGAAAGCGAAACAAACAUCGACCCAAGUCCGACUCGACACGUUUUUCACCGUAAAGUCAACCACACAGGCCAAGCGACCUGCAGAAACAAAGAAAGAAGAGAAAGGGGGCAAGAAGGGGCGUGGUGGUGGGAGUGGUUACCGCCGAGGAAAGUAGACGAUGACUCGAUCAUCCAUCUCAAAUAUCUACAACUUAACGACGUCCAUCCCUCGGAAAUUACUAUUAUUAUUAACUAUAAACGUAUCUUCUCGUCUCAUUUAUUACAGAAUAUUUUACUUGUUGAGACAUGUAUUACUAUGCACACGUAGAAGCAGAUUGGGGAAAGUGAACCAGCUACGUGCGUGUGGGAGAGCAAAGACCCAUCUGAGAUGGGCCAUCUCAUCAUCAUUCUCAACUCGGGUCCGUGUUGGACCACUAUACUUUUCACUACACUACUUUUUUUCCUAUUCUCGAGCUAAUAAUAAUAAAAUUUUCGUGUGAUAAACAAUAA